AUGGAAUAUGGAGGACCAGACGACGUACAGCCGCGAUGGCGACGUCGUGAUGUGUAUGGUGGACCGGGAGCAGCGGGGAUGGAAGCGGCGUGUGAACGCGUAAUUGGCGCCUCGUCGCAUCGCGUGGCUUUUCUAAAAGCGGGGCGGGGGCGGGGCGGGGGCGGGCGGGAAAGCGCGGAGCGGCCGCUGCGCGUUAGGCGUCCGCGGCGCAACCCUUGCGCGAUCGUAAAAAGGAUCCGCGGCCGCGCCCUUCGCUCCCAACCCUUCGCGGAGGCUUCGGUUUGCGCGGACAGCAGGGGUCAGCGACCCUUCCGGGACCCUCGCAUCCUGGGUUUUGAAAGAGUUGUGCAUCACAGAAAACAUGUAGCUCAUCGAAAUGUGUUCUUCCGUCAGACAGAUGUGCUGAUGUGGCAAGUGAUGAUGCCUGAGUGUCAGAUAACCCUUUUCCCUCGUUUCACCUUGAAAACAAGAGAAGGCCACGUGUCGUCACUUCGCGACGGAGGGCGAGAACGACAGCCGCACCACGACUGGCACGUUGGCAAACCUGUUAAUGAAUUUCGCAUUCAGUUACCUGUGGAGCUUCGUUCGUGUCACAUCUGUAGCAUUCGUUUCCUGUUUGGGGCGGCGGCGGUGGUGGCGGCGGUGGCGGCGGCGGCGGCGGCGGCGGCGGUGGCAGCGAGGCAGCCUGCAGCUGAAGCCCACGCUGAGUUGAGUGAAAGUACAAAAAACCUGGCAGUAGUACUUGGCCAUCGAACCUUCCACAACCAACUCCGAAGUGGAAUCAUAAAUAUGUUUAUUAAGUGA